GGACUCAUUGCUGCAAUAAGGGACCUCUCACCACAUGCAGAACAUAGAAAUUGUGCACGACAUGUGUACAUGAAUUGGAAGAAAUCUUACAAAGGCAGUGCACUGAAGAGCUGUUUUUGGAGGGUAGUGCAUAGCACACACAAGGCAGCAUAUAAGGAAGCACUUGAAGGGAUGAAGGCA